UAAAUUCUCCAAAAGGCCACAAAACCCCCUCCAAUCCUCCACUGAAGCCACUCUCCCCCAACUCUGAGCUCCGAAUCUGACUAUGUUAGUAGCAACAAUGGCUUCCCACUUGAUUCCAACGACCCGAAUUAAGUUGGUAUCCUCAAGCCCGAAUCGGAACCCCAUUUUAUCUGCUCCGUCAUCUGUCAGAGCCUCUUUAUCCACCAGUUUUCUUUCUCCUUUCGUGGGUGGCAGCGUCUUGGGGGGCUUUUCGGGUCUCAAAAUCCGACCCACCUCCCUCAAUCCUUAUUCAUUUGACUCUCGUGGCAAACGCGGUGUCGUGACCAUGGUUAUCCCUUUCUCAAGAGGAAGUGCCUGGGAGCAACCUCCUCCAGAUUUAGCAUCUUAUUUGUAUAAAAAUCGUAUUGUCUACUUGGGCAUGUCUCUGGUGCCAUCUGUCACUGAACUGAUACUUGCAGAAUUUCUUUACCUUCAGUAUGAAGAUGAGGAAAAGCCAAUUUAUCUUUAUAUAAAUUCCACUGGUACAACCAAGGGUGGGGAAAAAUUGGGCUAUGAGACGGAGGCUUUUGCAAUUUAUGAUGUUAUGAGAUAUGUCAAGCCACCUAUUUUCACGCUGUGUGUUGGAAAUGCUUGGGGAGAAGCAGCCUUGCUUUUGGCUGCUGGCGCAAAGGGCAACCGUUCUGCCUUGCCAUCGUCAACAAUCAUGAUUAAGCAGCCAAUUGCAAGAUUUCAAGGUCAAGCAUCGGAUGUUGAACUUAUGAGGAAAGAAGUUAAAAAUGUGAAGGCUGAGUUGGUUAAACUCUACUCGAAGCAUAUAGGAAAAUCGCCUGAGCAGAUUGAAGAAGACAUAAGGCGUCCAAAAUAUUUUAGUCCAAGCGAGGCAGUUGAGUAUGGGAUCAUUGACAAGGUUCUGUACAACGAGAGGGGCAGUGAAGAUAGAGGAGCUCUGUCCGACCUGAAAAAAGCACAACUAAUUUAAAUGACUCAAAACUCUUAUCAGUCCAAAAAGCAGCAAUAGGGGUGAUACCCAUUAUUACCUGGUGGCCAUGAUCAUGUAAAUUAUUUGAAACAGUUGCAUAUGGUGAAGUAUCUAAUGCGACAGUUUUAGGGUAACAAUGUGUUGACAGGCAAUUCAUCAUAUGAAGGCUCUUCCCCCUUUUCAGCAACUCAUUUGUUGUCUACGUCUGUCAAUAUUGCAGCAGCUGUACUAAAUUUGAUUGUACUGAAUUGAUAGAGUGAGCCAGAGUGUUUAUCUUAGAUUUUAUAAAAAAAUUGAAUUUUACAAAUGUUUUUGUUUUCUGAUAUCCAGAUACAUGACACCAUGCUGUAAGAGGAUGAUGUUUCAAAAGUAAACUUGUUUGAUAAUUA